AUGGUGAUGGAGUUGCCAAGGUUCUUUGCACUUGAAUCGGUUGAUGUUUCAAAGUAUCUGAGGCACGAGAAGGGAGAUGAUGAAAACAAGCCCGAUACCAAAUGCACAGGUGAGGAAGUCGUGAGUCCGUGCACCAAAUUCGAGGCCGAGAUGCCCGACAAGAUGGAUGACAACGACAAAGGUCUGGUCCACAUAAGAUGCUGCUACAACAACAAGUACCUGGUUCUAUUAGAUAAUGAUAACGGUGACCGGAUCUCUCCAAGGGCAACAGUGCCGGUGGAAGAUAAAACCGAUCCGUCAUGUACAUUGUUUGAGCCCAUUUUUAACAGUGAUGGGAGAGUUCAGUUUAAACAUGCCUACCUUGAUAGACAGGUGAUUGUAUAUGAAGCUGGUCAAAAUUGCAUAAAAGUUCGCCCAUGCGAUGGGGAGCCAUCAUAUUUUAAUGUUGUCAACUGGGAAUCAUUGAUGGUACUUCCAAAGCAUGUUGCGUUCAAGAGAAAUGACGGACAGUGCCUAGAAGUCCACACUUGUGAUGAUUAUCGCGUCGGAUUUUCGUCAGUUUCCAUUAAAGAUGUUGGAUAUCCAACAGUGGGGCAACAGAUCGUUACCACUCGCGACGGAAGCAUCCACUUAAAAUCAAAUUUGACAGACAACUACUGGCAUCAAGAUGAUGAUAGUUGCAUCCGGGCUUCCAAGAGUUCCAGUAGUGCUAACUUGUUUCAGCCGAUUAGAGUCGCCGACCACAUCAUCGCUCUCCGAUGCUUGGCUAACAACAAAUUCUGCAGGAGCGUCAAGGACGGAGACAAGUACUAUCUCAAAGCUGAUGUGCCCACCAUCAAUCGGGAAGCGCGUUUCGAGGUGGAAGAAGCUGUGCUGUCAAGGAGUAUCUAUAACGUCCAAUUUCGUGAGACGGACGGUAGGAUCUAUGACGAGAUGGAUGUAAAAGUGGCAUCAGGAGAAGUUGUAAACCAGACCAACCUCGAGGAUACCAUUGCUUUAAAGCUUUCUUAUGAAGACACCCGGACUUGGGGUUGGAAUUUCAGUGCUUCGUUGACGCUGGGUGGAGGAUUUUCCAUCGAAGCCGGCAUACCUGAAAUCAUUAAUGAAGGGAUCGAAGUUUCAGGUUCCAUUACCGUAGGCCUUCAAUAUGCAUCAACUACUACAACUACAAGGUUAGCUGAGACUGUUUAUUCAGUUAAUGUCCUCCCUCAUACAAGUGUGAAGGUGAGCCUCCUAGCUACAAAAGGAAAAUGCGACGUGCCCUUCUCAUACACCCAGUGUGAUACCCUUUAUUCUGGCGAAACAGAAACCUACAAAAAUUACGAUGGCGUCUUCACAGGUAGCAAUGCUUACAACUUGAGGUAUGAGACAGAGGAAAAAGCUCUUUGA